AUGCCAUUACAAGCGACUGAAUGGAAACGAGUCGCAAAGGAUUUUGAAGACCGUUGGAAUUUUCCUCACUGUUUGGGUGCAAUGGAUGGCAAGCACAUUAGAAUUAUUUGUCCACCCAACAGUGGUACUCAAUAUUUUAAUUAUAAGCAGUUUUUUAGCAUAGUGCUAUUCGCAGUAACAGACGCAAGGUACAAUUUUUUGUAUGUACAUGCUGGAGUUCAGGGAAGAAUAUCCGAUGGAGGAGUUUUUAGGCAUACGGCUUUUGGGCAAGCACUCCUGAACCAAAAUCUUGACAUACCACAUUGUGAACCCCUUCCGGGUCGAGAAGUAUCUACACCAUAUGUUUUCUUGGCAAAUGAUGCAUUUCCCUUAACCGAAAAUAUUUGCAAGCCCUAUACUGUAGAUUUGAACAUAGGAUCUCCUAAGCGAGUAUGUAACUACAGAAUAUCUAGAGCACGCCGAAUUGUGGAAAACUCAUUUGGAAUUUUGGCAUCCAUUUUUCGUAUACUACAUACUACUAUCAAUGUUGAGAUGAAAGAUGUACAAAAUAUAGUUGUGGCUUGUGCAUAUUUACAUAACUUUUUGCGACGAAAUACAAGAGGAAAAGCUUUAUAUUCACCACCUGGGACCUUUGACAGGGAAGAUAUUGACCUUGGAACGAUGAUCCAUGGAUCAUGGCAAGCUGAUGGAGAGCGUUUAACAGAUUUAAGAGUAUUGGGAAGGAACUCAACAAUGAGAGCGAAAGCGAUUAGAGAUGAAUUUAUACAUUAUUUUAUGACAGAGCGGGGACGAGUGGCAUGGCAGGACAAAUAUUUAGGAAAUCCAUAA